UUGUAGGAAAAAGAAAAAAUAAAUAUCUGGGUUUUUAUAAUUUUGUGGCUGUGAAUUAUUAUUUCCUCAAAAAAAAAAAAGAAAAAAGAAAUAAAUUUAUUUGUGAUCUAUAUUACUACUACUAUCUAUUUUGGAUGUGAGUAUUCCUUUUCCUGUUGCAUUGUACACAUGGGUAUCUAAAGCUUAGCACUUUUCCAUCUGGGUUUUAUUUGUGAUCUAUAUUACUACUACUAUCUAUUAGGUCUUUUUUGAGAAUCUGAAUUGAGUUUGUAUUAAAAUUAUGUUUGGAUAUGCUAAUUGAUACUGUUUUCUAUAGUUUGAUCUCAAUCUUUUUCUGUAGUGAUUUAGGUUUUUUCAAAUGCAAUAAUUGUGGUGACCAAAUUAAACAUGGGUACUUGUUUUUUUGUCAUUUAGUUAUAAUUUGAGUUGUAUUUUUGCUGAAAUGUUUUAGAUUGAUUGAAAUUGAGCUGGAUUUUACAGAAUUUCAGAAACAUAAAGAUUAAAGCUUUGAACUUUUUCAAGAUUUGCUGCCCAAUUCCACCUUUAGUUUCUGGGUAUCCAUUUUAUUUAUGCUUGGAAAAUUGGGAAUAUUCUUCACAAUUUGGAGAGUCCAAUAAGUUGGGGUAUUGUGAUAAUUAGCUACCAAAAUCAAGCAAUGGCUUCAGUUAAUGAUACCACUGAAAAUAAAGGUAGUAUGUGGGAUUUGGAUCAGAAGCUUGACCAACCCAUGGAUGAGGAGGCUGGAAAGCUGAAGAAUGGGUACCUAGAAAAGAAAAUUUCAGCAUUCUUACUCCUACGGUUAGCAUUCCAAAGCCUAGGGGUAGUGUAUGGGGACUUGGGCACAUCUCCUUUGUAUGUUUUCUACAAUACAUUUCCGCACGGCUUUAAGGAUCCAGAAGAUGUGAUUGGAGCGCUGUCAUUGAUAAUUUACUCUCUCACUCUUAUCCCAUUGUUGAAGUAUGUUUUCAUUGUUUGCAAAGCAAAUGAUAAUGGUCAAGGGGGCACAUUUGCUCUAUAUUCGUUGCUAUGUAGACAUGCAAAUGUAAAUACUAUCCCGAACCGACAUAGAACUGAUGAGGAUUUGACAACAUAUAGCCGUUCUAGAUUCCAUGAAAAAUCAUUUGCUGAAAAAACCAGGCAAUGGCUAGAGAAACAUGCAUCCAGGAAGAAUGCGCUUCUUCUGCUUGUCCUUGUUGGCACUUGCAUGGUGAUUGGAGAUGGUAUUCUUACUCCAGCAAUUUCAGUUCUUUCAGCUUCUGGUGGGAUCAAGGUAGAUCACCCUAAGAUGAGCAAUGAUGUGGUUGUGCUUGUUGCCGUUGUCAUCCUUGUGGGCUUGUUCAGUUUGCAGCAUUAUGGUACAGAUAAAGUUGGCUGGCUCUUUGCUCCCAUUGUGCUGCUCUGGUUUCUGAUGAUUGGAGGUAUCGGUAUAUACAACAUAUGGAAAUAUGAUAGCAGUGUACUGAAAGCUUUCUCGCCAGUUUAUUUGUAUCGCUAUCUCAAAGGCGGAGGGAAAGAUGGAUGGACUUCCUUGGGGGGAAUCAUGCUUAGUAUAACCGGGACAGAAGCACUGUUUGCUGACUUGGCUCAUUUUCCGGUGUUGGCUGUACAAAUAGCAUUCACAGUAAUUGUGUUUCCAUGCCUUCUUUUAGCUUAUUCUGGACAAGCUGCUUAUUUAGUAAAUCAUCAAGACCAUGUGGCGGAUGCAUUCUAUCAUUCAAUACCAGAUAGCAUCUACUGGCCGGUAUUCAUUGUUGCGACUUUGGCUGCCAUUGUUGCAAGUCAGGCAACCAUAUCUGCCACAUUUUCAAUCAUAAAACAAGCUCUUGCUUUAGGAUGCUUUCCAAGGGUGAAAGUAGUGCACACUUCAAAGAAAUUUCUCGGGCAAGUAUAUAUUCCAGAUAUUAACUGGAUUCUUAUGGUCCUCUGCAUAGCUGUUACGGCUGGAUUUAGGAACCAAAAUCAGAUUGGAAAUGCUUAUGGUACAGCAGUUGUGAUCGUCAUGUUAGCCACCACAUUCCUAAUGAUUUUAAUCAUGCUGUUGGUUUGGCGGUGGCAUUGGAUACUCGUCCUAAUCUUCACUGCUUUGUCUUUACUUGUGGAGCUAACGUACUUCUCGGCCGUACUCUUUAAAGUUGAUCAAGGUGGAUGGGUCCCACUUGUGAUCGCAGCGGCCUUUCUCGUAGUCAUGGUGGUUUGGCACUAUGGAACCGUGAAACGCUAUGAAUUUGAAAUGCAUAGUAAAGUUUCGAUGGCAUGGAUUCUCGGCCUCGGCCCAAGCUUAGGGCUCGUAAGGGUGCCAGGAAUAGGUCUUGUGUACACCGAGCUAGCUGGUGGUGUCCCAAGCAUUUUUUCUCAUUUCAUCACAAACUUGCCUGCCAUUCAUUCAGUGGUCGUUUUUGUGUGCGUAAAAUACCUUCCGGUAUAUACCGUCCCAGAAGACGAGCGCUUUCUUGUAAAACGAAUAGGACCCAAGAACUUCCAUAUGUUCCGUUGUGUUGCGAGGUACGGUUACAAAGACCUCCAUAAGAAAGACGAUGAUUUCGAGAAGAAGCUAUUUCAUAACCUCUUCAUUUUCGUUCGACUCGAGUCUAUGAUGGAAGGUUGUACUGAUUCUGAAGAAUACAGUCUCUACGGUCAACAAACUGUCGAAUCAAGAGAGUGCUUGUUGGAUAACGGAAAUGAAAACACUAUGUCCGAGUUCGAACACGCAAUUGAGUCGACAGAGGAUUCGAUCGUGCCCGCCAAUUCUCCCUUACGAUACUUGAAUUUUAAGCCAAGGUCGUCGGGUCAGACAAGCAGUCAGAACGAAAUCGAUGAAUUAGAGUUCUUGAAUAGUUGUAGAGAUGCAGGGGUGGUGCAUAUUAUGGGCAAUACUGUAAUCAAAGCCAGAAAAGAUUCAAGCGUGUAUAAAAAGAUUGCAGUUGAUUAUAUAUAUGCAUUUCUUAGGAAGAUUUGUAGAGAACAUAGUGUCAUCUUUAAUGUCCCUCAUGAGAGCCUAUUAAAUGUAGGACAGGUAUUUUAUGUAUAACCCAACAUUAUUUUAUAUUUUUUAUCAUUAAUAAAAUAAUAAGGAAAAUAAGAUUUUUAAUAAACUUGUGCACUUUGGGUUCA